AUGACCAUGGAUAGAUCUCUGAAGCUCUACAACUCAAUUACCAAGACCAAGGAAACCUUUGUGCCUUCUCGAGGCAACGAGGUGAAGAUGUAUAUAUGUGGUCCAACAGUAUAUGACUCACCCCAUAUAGGACAUGCAAGGACCUAUGUGAUGUUUGAUGUCAUGCGGCGUGUUUUGAGUGACUAUCUAAAAUAUGAUGUGAGGUUUGUGAUGAACAUAACAGACAUUGAUGAUAAAAUAAUAAGCAGAGCCAAUGUAAGUGGUGCAUCUACAGAAGAAAUCACUAGGAAGUAUACUGAGGAGUUUUUUGAAGAUAUGGAGGCUUUAAACGUCAGGCAGCCCUCGUUUGUCACAUUUGUAACAUCUUAUGUAGACAAGAUUGUAAAGUUUAUUGAGAAGCUUGAAACAAAUGGAUUUGCUUAUGAGAGCGGAGGAAGUGUAUAUUUUGAUCUAGAAAAGUAUCAAGAAAAGCACAACUAUCCGUUGUUCAAGAGUAAGGAUGGUAUAAACAGCGAAGGUGCUGAGAACAAAGAUAAAAGAGGUUCGUGGGAUUUUGUUUUGUGGAAGAAGUCUAAGGAAAAUGAACCUCGAUACAAAUCCAAGUGGGGAUAUGGAAGACCGGGAUGGCACAUUGAAUGCAGUGUAAUGUCUAGUGAUAUUCUUGGGGGAGACCUUGAUAUACAUGCUGGUGGGAUUGAUCUUGCCUUUCCUCACCAUGAAAAUGAAAUAGCUCAAUGCCAGGCCUACUUCAUGAAAGAGCCCUGGGUGAGGUGGUUUCUUCAUACAGGACACCUGAACAUUGAUGGGCUGAAGAUGUCUAAGUCUCUAAAGAACUUUACAACAAUCAAGGAAGCUUUGGAAAUGAUUUCUCCACGGCAGCUAAGGGUUCUGUUUCUAUAUCACCAAUGGAACAAAGACAUGAGCUAUGAGAGAGAGCACCUCAAAUUUGCGGAAAGCAUCGAGAAGAAGAUCUUCAACUUUAUGUCUAUAGCAGAAAGCAUGAGAAAGAAUACAUUAGGAUUUAAGACUUUGGAAGAUGUGGACAGGGAAGUUUUGGAAGAGCUGAAAGAUGUUCAAGAGUCUAUUCAUGCCGCAAUUCUUGAUAACAUCGAUACACCUACUGUGAUGAGGAAGGUUGUGGAAAUGAUAAACUUUACAAACAUCAGAAUAAAAGGGAUAUCCCCAUCUACAAUUCUGGUUGUUAAGGAUUACAUCAAGGAAAUUAUGGAAAUGUUUGGAUUGAGUGAAGGAGAAGCACAAGCAUCUUCUAAGGAGGAUUUGGUUGCACAAAUGCUCAGCGACUUCAGAGAAAGCAUUAGAGGAAUGGCAAGGAGAAAAGAGCCCUACUCGAACUUCUUCCAGAAAUGCGACUGGGUGCGGGAAGCCAUUAAAGAUUAUGGAUACAUUAUUGAGGACAACAAUGAGGGCUCCAUUCUGAGAAAGAAUUAA